AAGAGAGAGAGAGAGAGAAACAGAGAGAGAGCAAGAGAGAGAGAGAAACAGAGACAGAGAAAUAGAGACAGAGCAAGAGAGAGAGAGAGAGAGAAACAGAGAGAGAGAGAGAGAAACAGAGAGAGAGAGAGAAACAGAGCGAGAGAGACUCUUCUCCUGCUCGUAUCGAUAGCAUCGAUCAGUUCGAUUAUCGACACAUUGACCCGCAGCGGGCCGCUAGCUUAGCUCGAUGCUAACCGGAGCUCCAGAGGCUACCACGAUGCGACGCGUGUGAAGCAGCCGCAGCUAACAGCAGCCUGGCGGAGAAAGGAACAAGGAAGCGGACGGCUAGCUGCGCUGCACCGAAGCUAACGUCGGCUAGCUGCUGGCUUACAUUGUUUCUAAUGAGCGACCGAGGAGCAUGCGACCUGAUCCGAGGAGCUGACUUGUUCGGGGAUGUCGGGCAGUAAGGCACUGGGCGGGGGGGCCGGCGGGGGGGCGAGGCGCAGGCGGACGCGGUGCCGGCGCUGCCAGGCGUGCAUGAGGACCGAGUGUGGAGAGUGUCACUUCUGUAAAGACAUGAAGAAGUUCGGAGGGCCUGGUCGGAUGAAGCAGUCCUGCCUCCUGAGACAGUGCACGGCUCCCGUGCUGCCUCACACGGCCGUGUGCUUUGCAUGUGGCGAGGCAGGGAAGGAGGACACUGUGGACUCGGAGGAGGAGAAGUUCAGCCUCUCUCUGAUGGAGUGCACCAUCUGUAACGAAAUCAUCCACCCGAGCUGCCUGAAGAUGGGGAAAGCAGAAGGCAUCAUUAACGACGAGAUCCCAAACUGCUGGGAGUGUCCCAAGUGCCACAAGGAGGGCAAGACCAGUAAGGACCAGGCCGACGGCUCCGGGAAGCGGCGGCUGGACAACGGGGAGGUGGGCCGCUGGAAGCUCACAGAUGAGCCGCCCCCUAAAAAGAAAGCCCCUCCCUCCCUGGAGGAGGGGGGGAGGACGACGGAGGGGGGCCACAAGAGGAAGAAGGAGAAGGAGCUGCCUCAGGACAGUGGAGCCAAGAAGAAGAUGAAAGCUGCUCAUGAGAAACGGCUGAAAAAGAAACCCAAACAGGAAGUGGUGGAGUCUAAUGGUCCCACAUCAUCAGCUGGGGGAUUUCAGGGCUCCUCCUCUUCCUCUUCGUCUUCUCAACCUGGUGGUGGGGGGGGAGCAGGGGGCGUGUCCAGUGCGGACCAGCGCUCGCAUCACAGAGAGAAACUUGAACGUUUUAAGAGGAUGUGUCUUCUGGAGCGCCGGCCCGAGUCCUCCUCCUCCUCCUCUUCCUCCUCUGAGUCCGACUCCGAGUCCGACUCUGACGAUUCCCUCAGGGGGGAGCAGGGGGGGGGCUCCUCGCCAUCGUCCUCCUCCCCGGCCCCGCCUCCUCCGGUUGUCUAUGGCAACAGCAGUGGGGGCCGGGUGGAGAGGGAGAGGAGUCGUAGCGAGCGGGAGAGAGAGAGGGAGAGGGAGAGACGUCUGGCCGAGCUGGGCUUCAGUGCCAGUGAGGAGUCGGAGGGGGAGGGAGGGGGGGGUGAGGAGGAGGAGGAGGAGGAGGUGGGGGGAGGGGGAGACAAGACACGGCGGAGAGGGGGAGGAGAUGGGGGGUUACCUCCAAGAGGACGGAAAGGAGGGCAGCUGGACGGAGAGGACGAGGACACGCCCACAUCAGAAAGGACCAGGAAAAACUCCUCCUCCCUCCCCCCACCCUCACCCCUCUCAUCCAAUCAGAUGCCUCCGUCCUCGCAGCAUGACGGCUUCACGGGGAGGCAGCGGACCAAUGGGCAGGAGGCGCGCAACGGACGGACACGAGGUGGGGCGGGAGGAGCGAGGGAGGGAGGGGAGAAGGAGAACGCCAGUGGGAUGCUGAACAAUCACAGACAUGGGGGGGGAGGAGGGGGGGGCACCAAGGGAAGUGGGAGCCGUGGCAACAAGAUCCGUAGCAACAGCAAGAACCAGGUGUCCAGAAACAACAUUUCCUCCUUGUCCGGCCCCACCUCCAACGGGGGAGGCGGGGCCGGCCCUGGGGGAGGCGGCCUGAUGAUGUCAACGAUGGCGGCGUCCCCCUGCUCCCAGCCGUCACGCCUCGCCCCUCGCUCUCAGAUGAUGAAGCGCAGCCCCCCGGCCGUGCCCUCGCCACCGCGGCCUGUUCAGAUGGAGAGACACCUGGUGCGCCCCCCCCCCACCUGCCCGGAGCCCAGCUGUUUGCCUCUGGAGGGCGGAGCUUCGCACAUCGUGACCCGGGACGUCUGGCUCCGAGUCUUCACGGCGCUGAGCCACAGGGAGCUGUGCGUCUGCAUGAGGGUGUGUCGCACCUGGAGCCGCUGGUGUUGCGACAAGAGGUUGUGGACUCAGAUCGACCUGAGCCGCCAGCGCUCCAUCACCCCCCCUAUGCUGAGUGGUAUCAUCCGCCGCCAGCCCGUCUCCCUCAACCUGGGAUAUACCAACAUCUCCAAGAAACAGCUGAUGUGGCUCAUCAACCGCCUGCAAGGUCUGUUGGAGCUGAACGUGUGUGGUUGUGCGUGGCCCGUGGUGUCGGCGUUGUGUCAGGCCGUGUGUCCGUGCCUGCGGCUGCUGGACCUGAGCCGGGUGGAGGACCUGAAGGACUCGCACCUGAGAGAGCUGCUGGCCCCCCCACCGGACACCCGGACAGCUCACGGCGAGACCCGAGCCGGACGCUUCCAGAACGUGACGGAGCUGCGAUUGGCCGGCUUGGAUCUGACGGACGCGUCGUCCCGGCUGCUGGUGCGUUACGUUCCUCACCUGGUCCGGUUGGACCUGAGUCAGUGUGGGAACAUCAGCGACCAGACGGUUCUCACCCUCAGCUCCCCCCUCUCCCCCCUGAGGGAGAGCCUCACCCACAUCAGCCUGGCAGGUUGUGUUAAGGUGACGGAGCAGUGUGUGUCCUUGUUGCGUCGCUGCUCCUCGCUGCAGUCGCUCGACCUUCGCUCCUGCUCGCUCCUCUCAUCAGAGACUGGACAGCUGCUCUCCUUCCCCCCCCACACCUCCUCCUCCUCCUCCUCCUCCUCUUCCUCUGCCACAGUGGCCUCCUCCUCCUCCUCCUCCUCCUGCCCUCCUGAAGACAGAACGCUGAUGAAGAACAGUUAA